GUGUCAGUUAAAGAGGAGGACUGGAUCGUAGCGACCCUGGAGCAGUCUGACCUGCGGGAGAACGUGACGGGGUACGCUGCCCGGGUGAUGGGCGAGCCCCGAACGCACCUGCUGCCGUUCCUGAACCUGACCGACCCCACCGCGACCCCGCUGGUCUUUAACUCCUCCUACCACGGACUCUGCUACACCGUUAGCCUGCUGCUCAGACAGGGAAAGACCUGGUCCAAGUCCGUCCAGACUAGCCACGUCCCGGUGGACAGUGUGGUGAUCUCAGACUACGGAGAGGCUCCAGAGACAGGGGUGGUGUUUGAGAUCAGCUCCCCAGAGAACAACGUCUUCAGUCGGGUCAACAUCAGCUACGCAGAGGGCCGGGAGCAGAGAUCCAUGCUCUAUAAAGACUUCUAUAAAGGAAAGACUGUGUUUAAACACUGGCUCCCCGGGACGUGUUACAGCAACAUCUCCUUCCAGCUGAUCUCUGAAGCUACAGUCAACAGAACCACACUGGUCCGACGCAGCGACCUGACCCAUGUACCCCAGCAACACAGGACAGUGCCCAACCCUCCCCUCAACAUCUCCCAUAAGAUCGUCCCACUCAGCCAGAGGGUGCUACCAGGGGGGGUCCCUAGCUCCGAGGAGACCCAGGACACCCCCCAGCCCCGGCGGGCGCGGGAUGUCCCCCUCAUAGAGGAACAGGAACUACAGGAGAACCAGGAGAUACAGGAAGUGAUCUCAGAGGAGGUGGUGGGCGGAACCACCCAGGUCCCCACCGCCGCUAUCUCUAACACCACCGAAGAAGAGACCGCCACGCAGCCCUAUUGGCCGGAGCCCACCGGUAGCCCCUCCCCUACGGACGGGGAUGAGGGAUUUGUGAACGCGGUGGUUCCAGAGUAUGAGGACUCCAAUGAGCCGGGCUCUGCCAUGGGCCUGUCCCCAGAGACCUCCGUCACCCCGACCCGCCUUCCUCCUAUACUGCUGGAGCUGCGCUGGCUCCCCCCCCGACCCCCGGCCACCUACGACGGAUUCAACGUCUACGCCUACAGAGACGGUAACUCCACAGAGACGGCCACGGUGGAUGAGAACACUCAUGAGUUCUUCACGGAGCUGACCGAGCCUGGGACCUACAGAGUCCAGGUCACCACACUGAGCUCUGCAGGAGACUGUGAGGCCAGAGAGAGCACCGCCUAUACAGGGUUGACCUUCUAUCUCAGCCCCAGUGGAGAGGUGCUGGAGCAGCCCCGGGAGCGGCCCCAGGGGGUCAGUGUCAGGUUGCUAGGCUCCAGUACUGCAGUGGUGUCCUGGGCCCUGACCUCCGAGAGCCACAACGGCAGCCUGGUGUCAGUCCUGUCCCUGACCUGCCUCCGACCCAGCCUCAGCCAGCGCAUGGAGAACUCAUACUGCAGUGAGGAGAACACGACCAGUGACAUCCUGUCCAGCCUGACUCCAGGGGCCCAGUACAGAGUGGUGGUGUACCGUACUAACGGACCUCUCAUCAGCCCUCCUUCAGAACCUGUUAUAAUAGACAUCGAGCCAACGGGAGUGCGGGAGCUGGUGGUGUAUUCUCUGAGCCCGACGGCAGUCAUCCUGUCGUGGCAGAGACCGUACCACGUGGCGUUCAGGAAGUACGUCCUGCAGACAUUCUUCUUCAACCCUGUCACGCUGGCCUCUGAGUGGACCACGUACUACGAGAUCGCUGCUACUGCCUCAGUCAUCGCAUCCGUGAGAGUCACAGAUCUGUUGCCGGCCUGGUACUACAACUUCCGUGUUACCAUGGUGACGUGGGGUGAUCCCCCACUCAGCUGCUGUGACAGCUCUACCGUUAGCUUUGUUACAGCUCCUGAGGCCCCCCACAUCUCGUCAGUAGACUACAGCCAUGGGACUCUGUACGUGCGCUGGACCUACGGGGAGCUCUUCAUAGACAUGUCCCACAGCAGGAUGCUCCACUGGCAGGUCACAGCUCAGGGCAAGAAGGGAUCCAAGAGGACUUACUCCACUGAUGUCCCCCGUAAUGGGAUGGGCGCCAGUCUGACCCUGCCUCCAGGAGACAUUUAUAACCUGACUGUAUCAGCCUGUACUGAAGGCCAACGCAACUCCUCUGUCCCCAACAUCAUUAAACUGGAGCCAGCCCCUCCUCGGUCCCUGUACGCCGUGAACGCCACCCACUCCUCUGUGACUCUGCUCUGGAGCGAGGAGGGAGUGGUUGACUUCUACCAGGUGCUCUGUAAACCCACCAAGACCAGCAACAAAGAAGUCAAGGCUCGGGAGCCUCUAACAGCUCAGUCCCAUGUGGUGACAGUGUCCAGCCUGCUGCCCUCUUCCUCCUAUAACUGCAGUGUGAUCAGUUAUAGCUACAGUACGCCCAGCGAGCCAGCCUACGUACACAUCUCUACUACAGCCAGAGAGAUGAACCCCAGCGUAGCGGUCAUCUCUGCUCUAGCGGUCCUCAGUGUCCUCCUCCUCAGCCUGCUGGUCCUCUUCCUACUGUUGCUACGUAAGAAACACCUGCAGAUGGCCAGGGAAUGCGGAGCAGAAACCUUUGUCAACUUUGCUUCGUUUGAGAGAGACGGCAAACUGCCCUACAACUGGAGCAAGACUGCUUUAAAGAAACGGAAGCUAACAAGCCCUGUCCAGCUGGAUGACUUCGAUGCGUACCUCAAAGACAUGAGCAAAGACUCUGCCUACAAGUUCUCUCUGCAGUUUGAGGAGCUGAAGAGCGUAGGUCUGGAUCUUUCCCAUGAUGCAGCAGACCUGCCUAUCAACAGACCCAAGAACCGCUACACCAACAUCCUGCCAUAUGACUUCAGCAGAGUGAAACUGAUCUAUUUACAUAACGACGAGGGCUCUGACUACAUCAACGCCAACUACAUACCAGGUUAUAAAUCCCCCAGAGAGUACAUCGCCACCCAGGGCCCUCUGCCUGAGACGAGGAACGACUUCUGGAACAUGGUCCUGCAGCAGAAGAGCCACAUCAUUGUGAUGCUGACGCAGUGUAAUGAGAGACGCAGGGUGAAGUGUGACCACUACUGGCCGUUCACAGACGAGCCGGUGGCCUACGGAGAGAUCAGUGUUGAGAUGCUGUCAGAGUCCGAAUCACCAGAGUGGACCGUACGGAACUUCAGACUGGGAUAUGUGAGUGGAGCUGGUGCAGGACACGGAUUUACCAAGACUUUUGGGGGGCAU